GGUCGUGGGUGCAUGGACGACGAGCUGCGAUUGACAUCUCGCCCGUCUGCAGGCAGUGUCCGCCACCAAACCUCCAACCCAACGCUCCUACGACCCGGCCUCACUCGCCGGCGCAAUUCUAGGGACCUGCACAGCUGUCGAGGAGUCCUUGUGCCCUACGACGGCCAUGGCAUCCAAAGGCGCCAGAAGCCUCAAUGAGGCCAUGAAAGGCCUGUCCCUCACCUCCCAGAUUUGCAGAGAUGCGACAUCGCAUCGGAUACCAUCUCUCACACGGUCCAUGGCCACCGAGGCUGGCGUCCCAAAGCCUGGGGUCACCGAAUACUACCGCCCGCCCACCACGGUCCCUGUCACAAUCUUUGGCUUCCCCUCCUACGAACCGCGGCGGCUCGAAGCCUGGUCCACGAAGCACCUCAGCCUUCCGCUUCGGAGGGACAUUCUCCACCUCGCCGUCGUCCACGAGGGCGACAACACCCGGCAAGGCACGGCGAGCUCAAAGACCCGCUACGAGAUCCGCGGCUCGAACCGCAAGCUGUACGCGCAGAAGGGCACCGGACGGGCGCGUGUCGGCGACAAGAAGUCCCCUCUCCGCCGCGGAGGCGGCAAGUCCUUCGGCCCCAAGCCACGCGACUUUGGCACCAACCUGAACCGCAAGGUGUACGACCUGGCUUGGCGCACGGCGCUGAGCUACCGCUACCGCCGCGGCGAGCUCAUUGUCUGCGAGGAUGGCAUGGAGCUUCCCAUGCCUGACGUGUACGAGCAGCUGCUCCAGCAGGAGACCUUUACCGACGAGCUCGCGCUCGCCUUCCAGGCGCGGUGGGCGCGUGAGGUGCUGGAGAGGAACGACUGGGGCAAGCAGGCUGGCAGGAGCACAUUCAUCACCACAGACUACCGGCCGAACCUCUUUGACGCGAUAGAUGAGAUCCCCCGGUAUGGCAGGGCGCUGGACACUGAGGACCUCGAUGUCAAGGACCUACUCGAGUCUAGCCGCAUCAUCAUCGAGCGGUCAGCACUACAGGAGCUCAUCGAGAAGCACCAGAGCGAUCUGGUCAGCUCUGUGUAUGUUGUCAACGGGUCAUUGCCCAAGGGCCCCGAGAGCGGCAAGGUUCUGGUGCAAUGAGGGGUCAAAGACGGCCCAUUCGCGCAUGGUACUGGCCAUGACAACGUCAGAAGAAGGCUCUGUACCAGUUCAUCAAAUCAAGCGGUCUAGUUGGAAUCGGUGCCCUGAAGGCGCGACUGGGAGCACUGGGAAACCGCCCUUUCGAGUGUAAGAUAUCAUGCUUCUUGCACCCUGUGUUCUGUAUAUGAUGAGACCAUGUAGAACAAAGCACUUGUAAAAUAUACGUAGCGCAGAGUCUAAGAACUACCAUGCGUUCAUAACUCAUCAUGCCGUGGGUCGAGAGCUAGGUUGGAUGGGCAGAAGCAAGAUCGGGGCACGCCCCCUGGAAUUACUGCGUAAUGGCCGCGCAUCGAGGGCACGCCACUGUACAUCUCUUGAACGAGAACCUGCAUUUACCACGGAAGUCCAUUACGCUAAAGGCCGACCACAUC